CCUCCCGGUACGGCCGAACCCGGAAGCGCCGCCGCCGCCGCCAUGGACCCCGCAGCUCCCCCCCCAAAACGCCGCGGGCCCGCUCGCUUGGCCGAUCCGCGGCCUCUGUUCGAGGAUACGAGCGCUACCGGGGCCUCACCGGGCCGCGGGUUCGGGGCUCCGCCGCCGCCUUCGGCCUCGUCGGCUUCGUCAUCUUCAUCAUCGUCGGCGCCGUUCGGGCCGCCCGGGGCGUUCCUGGCCGAGCCCGUGAGCUCGCUGGCCGCGGCCUACGGGAGCAGCCUGGCCUCGCAUGUGGAGGGGAACCUGGGCCGCUGGGUGCCCGUGAGCCGCCUCAAGUAUUACUUUGCUGUGGACACCGUGUACGUGGGCAGGAAACUGCGGCUGCUCGUCUUCCCCUACGGCCACCGGGACUGGCAGGUGCGGUACCAGCAGGACAGCCCGGUGGCUCCGGAGAAAAACCCCAAAUUCCCCAAUUUCUCCCUCCCAGCCAUGGCUUUCCUCACCUACAUCCUCCUGGCCGGCCUCGCUCUGGGCACCCAAAACAGAUUUUCCCCGGACAGCCUGGGGCUGGUGGCGAGCUCGGCGCUGGCCUGGCUGCUGCUCGAGGUGCUGAGCAUCCUGCUGAGCCUCUACCUGGUCACCGUCAGCACCGACCUGACCCCCAUCGACCUCGUGGCCUUCGCUGGAUACAAAUACGUGGGGAUGAUCGUGGGGCUGCUGGCCGGGCUGCUCCUGGGCCGGGCCGGGUACUGGGGUGAAAUCUCCCAAUUUUGGGAUGAUCGUGGGGCUGCUGGCCGGGAUGAUCGUGGGUUUGCUGGCCGG